CUCCGCAACCGGAAGUGAUUGGCCCCGAGGCUGAUGGCUCCGGAAACACCAGCUCGCUGUUUCCACGCAGGAGGAGACGUGUAGGGGCCGGGUUCGGCCCUCGUGAACUCUCACCCGAGCGGUUUCUCUUUCCGGGACAAUAUGGCGCCGUCCACGCCGCUCUUGACAGUCCGAGGAUCAGAAGGACUGUACAUGGUGAAUGGACCACCACAUUUUACAGAAAGCACAGUGUUUCCAAGGGAAUCUGGGAAGAAUUGCAAAGUCUAUACCUUUAGUAAGGAUGGGACCUUGUUUGCCUGGGGCAAUGGAGAAAAAGUAAAUAUUAUCAGUGUCACUAACAAGGGACUACUGCACUCCUUCGACCUCCCAAAGGCAGUUUGCCUUGAAUUCUCGCCCAAAAAUACUGUCCUGGCAACGUGGCAGCCUUAUACUACUUCUAAAGAUGGCACAGCUGGGAUACCCAACCUACAACUUUAUGAUGUGAAAACUGGGACAUGGUUGAAAUCUUUCAUCCAGAAAAAAACGCAAAAUUGGUGUCCAUCCUGGUCAGAAGAUGAAACUCUUUGUGCCCGCAAUGUUAACAAUGAAGUUCACUUCUUUGAAAACAACAAUUUUAACACAAUUGCAAGUAAAUUGCAUUUGCAAAAAAUUAAUGAUUUUGUAUUAUCACCUGGACCUCAACCAUACAAGGUGGCUGUCUAUGUUCCAGGAAGUAAAGGUGCACCUUCAUUUGUUAGAUUAUAUCAGUACCCCAACUUUGCUGGACCUCAUGCAGCUUUAGCUAAUAAAAGUUUCUUUAAGGCAGAUAAAGUUACAAUGCUGUGGAAUAAAAAAGCUACUGCUGUGUUGGUAAUAGCUAGCACAGAUGUUGACAAGACAGGAGCUUCCUACUAUGGAGAGCAAACUCUGCACUAUAUUGCAACAAAUGGAGAAAGUGCUGUAGUGCAAUUACCAAAAAAUGGCCCCAUUUAUGAUGUAGUUUGGAAUUCUAGUUCUACUGAGUUUUGUGCUGUAUAUGGUUUUAUGCCUGCCAAAGCGACAAUUUUCAACUUGAAAUGUGAUCCUGUAUUUGACUUUGGAACUGGUCCUCGUAAUGCAGCCUACUAUAGCCCUCAUGGACAUAUAUUAGUAUUAGCUGGAUUUGGAAAUCUGAGAGGACAAAUGGAAGUGUGGGAUGUGAAAAACUACAAACUUAUUUCUAAACCAGUGGCUUCUGAUUCUACAUAUUUUGCUUGGUGCCCGGAUGGUGAGCAUAUUUUAACAGCUACAUGUGCUCCCAGGUUACGGGUUAAUAAUGGAUACAAAAUUUGGCAUUAUACUGGCUCUAUCUUGCACAAGUAUGAUGUGCCAUCAAAUGCAGAAUUAUGGCAGGUUUCUUGGCAGCCAUUUUUGGAUGGAAUAUUUCCAGCAAAAACAAUAACUUACCAAGCAGUUCCAAGUGAAGUACCCAAUGAGGAACCUAAAGUUGCAACAGCUUAUAGACCCCCAGCUUUAAGAAAUAAACCAAUCACCAAUUCCAAAUUGCAUGAAGAGGAACCACCUCAGAAUAUGAAAUCACAAUCAGGAAAUGAUAAGCCAUUAUCAAAAACAGCUCUUAAAAAUCAAAGGAAGCAUGAAGCUAAGAAAGCCGCAAAGCAGGAAGCAAGAAGUGACAGGAGUCCAGAUUUGGCACCUACUCCUGCCCCACAGAGCACACCACGAAGCACUCUCUCUCAGUCAAUUUCUGGGGACCCUGAGAUAGACAAAAAAAUCAAGAACCUAAAGAAGAAACUAAAAGCAAUUGAACAACUGAAAGAACAAGCAGCAACUGGAAAACAGCUAGAAAAAAAUCAGUUGGAGAAAAUUCAGAAAGAAACAGCCCUUCUCCAGGAGCUGGAAGAUUUGGAAUUGGGUAUUUAAAGAUUCACAGAAAGCAAGUUGAUGACCAGAAAUCAGUGCAAACACAUCUUCUGUUAAACCCAUUAAUACACAGAAUAUUCCUGUUCCCACACUUAAUGUCAAUCUAUAAUUUUAACCAUUUAUCCAAGAUUCUACAUAAGUAAAAUUAUUUAAUAAUGUCUAUUGAAUUAAUAUUUAUAUCUUGCAUCCUAUAUCAUGUCAAUAUGUGAUAUAGAAAAGAGAUACAUGAAUUUUUUAGCUAAGCUUGACAGAUUGAAAGACAAAUGUCAUUUUUUUUGUGGAGAGUGAUAUAUACCAUAUAAAUGAAUAAAGACAUUUUAAAUUUAA